AUGGAUGAUCAAACCCUAGACACCCUGUGUACGAGCUUUGAUCAUGCGAUCAAUCUAUGUACACCUGAUCCUGAAAUUGAUGCAGAUCGAACCCUAGAGACUCCAAAUGAGAAGUCCGAAGAACUCGAAUCGAGUUGUGAUUUGUUGGAAAGUAGUGGUGCCUCUGAUGAUACACAUGGAACAUGUUCUUCUAAGGGAGAGACUCUUCCCAUUUUUUUGAAAAUCAAGGAUCUGAGCAGUAAAGUACAGAUCAUUAGGAAGGAACAUGAACGUCUGUGCAAUGAAGUAAAGAGCAUGAGUGAUUCUUUAGUGGGCUCUGAAGCUUUUACAGCUCUUCAGAAUCUCAGCAAAGAAUUUGAACUUCUAAAAAGUAAGUACCAUGACGAGUGCGAGUUUCUGAAAAGGAAGUAUCUCAAAGAAUGCACAGAAAGGAAGAAGCUUUACAAUGAAGUGAUAGAACUCAAGGGAAAUAUCAGGGUCUUCUGUAGGUGCAGGCCAUUAAAACAAGAUGAGAUUGCAAAAGGAUCCUCCUCGGUGGUUGAUUUUGAAUCAUCUCAGGAGAAUGAGCUACAGAUUAUUUGCUCCGAUUCUUCCAAAAAGCAAUUCAAAUUUGAUCAUGUCUUUCGUCCUGAGGACGACCAAGAUGCUGUUUUUGUUCAGACUCUGCCCAUAGUGACCUCUGUUUUGGAUGGUUACAACGUGUGCAUAUUUGCCUAUGGACAAACUGGUACGGGAAAGACAUACACAAUGGAAGGAACACCAGAAGAUAGGGGUGUAAACUAUAGGACUUUGGAAGAGCUAUUCAGAAUUUCCAAUGAGAGGAGCAGUAUUAUCAGAUACGAAUUGUUUGUCAGCAUGUUAGAGGUUUAUAAUGAAAAGAUAAGAGAUCUCCUGGUUGACAGCUCCAACCAACCUGCAAAGAAGUUGGAUAUAAAGCAAUCAGCUGAGGGAACUCAAGAAGUCCCUGGACUUGUUGAAGCUCAAGUAUAUGGUACAGAUGAAGUUUGGGGCCUGCUCAAAUCAGGAAGUCAAGUAAGAUCUGUUGGAUCGACCAAUGCUAAUGAGCUUAGUAGCCGUUCUCACUGCUUGUUGCGAGUAACUGUUGUGGCAGAAAAUUUGAUUAAUGGGCAAAGGACAAGGAGCCAUUUGUGGCUGGUGGACCUGGCGGGGAGCGAGCGUGUUGGUAGGAUCGAAGUUGAAGGCGAUAGACUCAAGGAAUCACAAUUCAUAAACAAAUCAUUGUCAGCACUGGGGGAUGUUAUCUCUGCUCUUGCCUCCAAAACAACACAUGUUCCUUACAGGAACUCUAAACUUACUCAUAUGCUGCAAAGUUCUCUAGGAGGAGAUUGUAAGACCUUGAUGUUUGUUCAAAUCAGCCCAAACUCAGCUGACUUUGGAGAAACUCUUUGCUCCUUAAAUUUUGCAAGUCGCGUCAGGGGAGUUGAACAUGGACCUGCCCGGAAACAGCAGGAUCAUGCAGAACUUUUCAAAUACAAGCAACUGGUUGAAAAGACAAAACAAGAUGAGAAGGAAACAAAGAAAUUGCAGGACAAUGUGCAAUCUCUCCAAUUGAGGCUUGCUGCUAGAGAACAUCUAUGCAGAAACCUUCAAGAGAAGGUUCGGGAUCUCGAAAGCCAAUUGGCAGAGGAAAGGAAAACCAGGUUGAAACAGGAAACGAGAGCUCUGGCCUCUCUUUCUUCUCAACCGACCCAAUUGGCAACAAACCAUCAUACACAGAAGGCGGCCUCGACUGAUAAGAAACCACCACUAGCUCCUCCGAAAUUGAGGCUGCCCCUCAGAAGAAUUUCGAACAUGAUGAUGCCCCCAUCCCAUUCUCCUCUUCCAUCAAAAAACAAAACCCGCGCAUCAUCCUUUCUCCCAGUCGUGAACGAGGACAAAGAGAACCUAUUGCGAGUAAACAAGUCGAGGCAAAUUUUGAAACCGAGACGAGGCUCCAUUGCCGUGAGGCCUCCUCCUCCAAGUCAGAUCCCAGCUCCCAAAAGAAGGUCCUCCAUAGCUACUCUACGGCCCGAACCCAGCUUGCAUAUGCCAACAGCAACCCCAGUUCAGAGGUCAAAACCCGACCGUGUAAUGGGCCGGCAGUCAUUCGUGUGGGACCCACAAAGAGUGUGGAGGACUUCGAGAGUUUCAUCUCCUACGACACCGAUGGUGGGGCGUGCGAGCAGUAGUAGUAAAUUCAGAGGCAGCCCUCCUCCUUCACAAGGGCCGGGUUCGUGGAGACCAAGGCAUCCGACAGUGAUAGCCUUACAGAAGAAAAAUCUGGUGUGGAGCCCUCUGAAGUUGAAGAGUAUGAAAUAUAGAAGGAGUUCGUUAAUGUCUUAG